UAGGCUUAGCCUAGGUGAGAGAACAGUUGAAUGUAGCAUAGCGUUGUAGAAUUAUGUAAAUUAUUCGAAACGAGUGGAGUUUUGUUUAUCUCUCGUGCUGGUGAGUCGUUGUCGCUACUUGAUAAUCCGUGGGCUAGGUAUAGAUUAAAGUAUAUACUGCAAUAACAUAUUUAAUGUUGCAAAACUUCAACAAGUGCUUCACAGCAGACGCAGACAUGUAGAAAAUGCUAAGCUUAUCAUUGGCUUGACAAUAUUUUAGGGCGUAGAUGCGUGUAUGGCUGUGCUCGGUAAAAUUCAAAAUUAAAUCGUGACUUUUACACGUCUACUGGCAAUUCGUAGUUACAGCAGUUGCGUAAACUGGUGUGAAUCCGAGAGUGAUUAAUCAUAUCAGGCUAAUCAAUGCGUGUGUGUGUGUCUUGCUGUAUGUGCAGCUGUUUCAGUCUCCGUAUCAACAGUGCCUGGGAACACGAACCGACUCAAGGAACUUGAUGCCAGAGAUUUCUGGUCGUCGGUCCAUGUGUCACUUUGUAGUAUUGCCAUGAAGGAAGAACCUGUGAACUCCUCGCCGGACGACGAGAUGUUUGAGUUUGUGGCUGUCAAAGAGGAAUGGGUCGAAGAUGACAUGAAGAAUGAUGACAGGGAUGAAGCUCAGGGGCCUGAGAACGCAGCUGUAGAGGAAGAUGGGAUUCACGUCAAAACACAGCCAUCUGAAUGGUGCAUAUUGAAGGAACCUGAAUCGGCAGAUACAGCAAUGGGCAAUGCAAGGUGUAUCCCACAAGGCCAGGAUGGUUGUACUAUUGACAAAUGUGCCACCAUAAGCACCAGAACAGAUGAGAUACCGUGUAGUGACAGUAAUCGCAGUGGCAGUCGGAAAGAAUGUGACUGGAAUGAAAGCAAUACGCACGUACUGCCAGGCCAGGCGGUGGGCUCUGAGAGGCAGAGGAAGCUCGGGACCCAUAAAGACAGCUAUUCCACUACAAGUACUGUGUUGAGCGACGGAUUCUGCAAGGAUGCAAAUUCGAACUGCUACCAGGUAAAUGACAGUUGCGGGAGGCUCUCCGCGUCGACAGACGGCAGUGUCGUCGGGCAGCAGUCACUUUCGCCUGACGGAGGUGACACCUACACGUGCGACGUCUGCCGGGAAGUGUUUGUCGACAAGAGAGUCUUGAGGACCCACGUGCAACAGCACCUGCUGAAAUGCGACAUCUGCCACAAGACCUGGAACGAUGCCAACGGCCUCGAGUUGCACUACCGGACACACACUGGAGAACGACCCUACUGCUGUGACACUUGCGGCCAGAAGUUCUCGCGCAGAGAUCAUCUGAGGCUGCACAGGCUGCAGCACACGGGUGUGCGUCCCUACCGCUGCGAUACCUGUGGCAAGGCGUUCUUGCGCAGCAACGGUCUGCGGCAGCACUCGCUGCAGCACAUGGGCGAGCGGCCUCACGAAUGCAGCGUCUGCCACAAGCGCUUCACCUACGGCAGCAACCUGGCGCAGCACAUGCGCGUCCACACUGGAAAGCGGCCCUACCGCUGUGACACUUGCGGCCAGACAUUCUCGCACAGUGGUCAGCUGAGGCUGCACUCGCUGCAGCACACGGACGAGCGUCCCUUCCGCUGCGAUACGUGCGGCAAGGCGUUCUCGCGCAGCAAUAAUCUGAGGCAGCACUUGCUGCAGCAUACGGGUGAGCGGCCUCACGAGUGCGGCGUCUGCCACAAGCGGUUCACCAACGGCAGCAACCUGGCGCAGCACUCGCGCGUCCACACGGGUGAGCGGCCCUACCGCUGCGACUACUGCGGUAGGUCGUUCACACAGAACAGGAACUUCAAGGUACACCUUCGUAUGCACACGGGUGAGCGGCCGUACCGCUGCGACACCUGCGGAAGGUCGUUUACCCGAAGUAGGAGUGUGAAAGUGCACCACCGCCCCCACACGGGUGAGUGGCUGUAUGGCUGCAAUGCGUGUGGAAAGGCAUUCAUCAGUGGCGACACCUCGCAAAAACCUGGGCAGGUCCAAAUGCGAGAGAAGUCCUGAGAUUGCACCGCCUUCUAGGAGCACUUUGCACGGAGGACCAGUCUGCACCGGCAUUUGUGCCUCCGUACUAUAAGAAAAACCACCGAAGAUGAUGUGCCGACAGAGUGAAGAUGAGUUUAUAAAAAGUUGCUGUGCACCUUACAAUUUCACACUGAAAAAUCCCCAUUCUAAUUAUUA